AUGGGUGCAGAAACAUUUCCAAAUUCUUCUAUGGGCUGGGUUCAUGUCAAAGAUGUUGCUAAUGCACAUAUACUAGCUUUUGAAAAUCCAUCUGCUAGUGGAAGAUACUGCCUGGUCGAAAGAGUGGUACACUACUCUGAAGUUGUGAAGAUCUUGCGUGAAAUUUAUCCUUCCUCAAAACUUCCAAAACCUAGAGACUUUAGAAGGGUGUGCAAGCUAAAAAGGGGUGUGAGUAUCGUUAACCUUUAUUCAAGCAUUAUGCUUACAGCAGUACAUAUUCUGUGCGCUGAUGACGAGCCAUUUGUGCCGACGUACCAGGUUUCCAAGGAGAAGGCAAAAAACUUAGGUCUUGAAUUCAUUCCCCUUGAGCAAAGCAUCAAGGAAACAGUUGAAGCCUGA